AUGACAUCUCUUGCUCCUGCAGUUCUCUCCUUCCUUCUCCUCUGGACCCUGCCAGGGCAGGUCCUCCUCAGGGUAGCGUUGGCAAAAGAGGAUGUCAAGUCUGGAACCAAAGGGUCCCAGCCGAUGUCACCAUCUGAUUUCCUGGACAAGCUUAUGGGGCGAACAUCUGGAUAUGAUGCCAGGAUCCGGCCCAAUUUUAAAGGCCCUCCUGUGAAUGUGACCUGCAACAUCUUCAUCAACAGUUUUGGCUCUGUCACCGAGACCACUAUGGACUACCGGGUCAAUGUUUUCUUACGGCAGCAGUGGAAUGACCCACGUCUGGCCUACCGAGAAUAUCCUGAUGACUCACUGGACCUUGACCCCUCCAUGCUGGACUCUAUCUGGAAACCAGACCUGUUCUUUGCAAAUGAGAAGGGGGCAAACUUCCACGAGGUGACUACAGACAACAAGUUACUGCGCAUCUUCAAGAAUGGCAAUGUGCUCUACAGCAUCAGAUUGACCCUCAUUUUGUCAUGCCCGAUGGACCUCAAGAAUUUCCCCAUGGAUAUCCAGACCUGCACGAUGCAGCUGGAAAGCUUUGGCUACACCAUGAAUGACCUCAUGUUUGAGUGGCUAGAAGAUGCUCCUGCUGUCCAAGUAGCUGAGGGGCUGACUCUGCCCCAGUUCAUCUUGCGAGAUGAGAAGGAUCUAGGCUAUUGUACCAAGCACUACAACACAGGGAAAUUCACCUGCAUUGAGGUCAAAUUUCAUCUGGAACGACAGAUGGGCUACUAUCUGAUUCAGAUGUACAUCCCCAGUCUGCUUAUCGUCAUCCUGUCCUGGGUCUCCUUCUGGAUCAAUAUGGAUGCUGCUCCUGCCCGUGUAGGUCUUGGCAUCACAACUGUGCUCACCAUGACAACCCAGAGCUCUGGCUCCCGGGCCUCUUUGCCUAAGGUAUCCUACGUGAAGGCGAUUGACAUCUGGAUGGCUGUCUGCCUGCUCUUUGUCUUCGCUGCCUUACUGGAGUAUGCUGCUGUCAAUUUUGUUUCUCGUCAGCAUAAGGAAUUCAUGAGACUCCGAAGAAGGCAGAGGCGCCAACACAUGGAGGAAGACAUAAUCAGAGAAAGCCGCUUCUACUUCCGUGGCUAUGGCCUGGGACACUGCCUGCAGGCAAGGGAUGGAGGUCCAAUGGAAGGUUCUAGCAUGUAUAGCCCCCAACCUCCUGCUCCUGUUAUAAAGGAGGGAGAAACCAUGCGGAAACUCUAUGUGGACCGAGCCAAGAGAAUCGACACCAUCUCCCGGGCUGUUUUCCCUUUUACUUUUCUUAUCUUCAAUGUCUUCUAUUGGGUUGUCUAUAAAGUACUACGGUCAGAAGAUAUCCACAAGGCACUAUGAAUAUAGUGGGCUCUAGAGUCUAGCUGCUGGCUUCCUGCUUUCUCCUGACUGGGCUUUUUCUCCUCUGUUAGAUGCCGUCAGGAACUUGAAUAGUUCUUUCUUGACCUCCCACUCAGAACUUCAAUUACCAAUCCCAGAGCUACGUGGGCCUACACUGCAUAGUGCCAUUGGCAGCUGUACUUACAAAAAUGUCUCAUCUACCUUAAUUCAGAUUUUAACCCUGUGUUCACAUUUCUCAUGAGAUUAAGGUGUGGCAAUAGCCCUGGGGCCAGAAUUACUUUGUGCCCUAGCUGUUUCCCCUUCCCCCCCUCUUAUCUUGGCCACUGCUACUAUAUUUCCAUUUGUGCCAUCUUAAUUCCUUACCUUGCCACUUCAGAUCUUGGCCUUUAUCCAGCCCUCUGUCUCUCCUACUACACACUAAAUAAGGAGUCUGUCUCAUACACAAAUGAUGCAUGUGUGACCCAGUCAGGUGUCCUUACAGUGAGAGGAAAACAAGGGCAUCAAUUUCCCACCUGGAACAGUCAUAGGUUGCACUAAGCUAGGGCCUUGUUAUAUAUAAGGAGUUCAACUCUCCUGAGAAACCCAACACUGUCAGAAUUGGGGCAAGAUAUCUGGAUGAUUAGAAAUAUUUAUUCUAGUCCCUAACUAGCAUAGUGACAUGCUUUGUUAGGACGCCAGAUAGUGUAAAAAGAGAAAAAUGAAGCUGGGCACCAGUGGCUCAUGCCUAUAAUCCUAGCUACUCAGGAGGCUGAGAUCU